AAGUAAGGGGGGCCGGAGUGUCCCGGGCGCAGGGCGCGCGUGCGGCGGCGGCGGCGGCGGCGGCGGCGGGGAGGGGCCGGCCGCGCCGCGCUCCCCUCCUCCCUCCUCGCAUCCCCGGCCCCGCGCGCGCCCAGCAGAAGCGGGUCUGUGUGUGCGUGCGUGCGAGUGAGUGAGUGUGUGCAUAUAUUUUUCUCUCUUUUCUUUCUCUCUCACUGUUUUUUCUCUCUCUCUCGCUCCCUCUCUCUCGUUCUUUUUUUUUUUUUUUUUGCAAAGAAACAGCAGCGCCGCCGCCGCUCCGCCGAGGCGCUGCGCCCCCCGGGGGGGGGAGGCGGAGGAGGCGGGCAGCGGCGGAGGGAGGGGAGCCGGGGAGGGGGGCGCCGCGCUGGGAGGGAGGCAGCGCGCACGGUGCAGCCGGGCCGGGCGGGAGGCAUGGCGGGGCCCCCGGCCCUACCCCCGCCGGAGACGGCGGCGGCCGCCACCACGGCGGCCGCUGCCUCGUCGUCCGCCGCUUCCCCGCACUACCAAGAGUGGAUCCUGGACACCAUCGACUCGCUGCGCUCGCGCAAGGCGCGGCCGGACCUGGAGCGCAUCUGCCGGAUGGUGCGGCGGCGGCACGGCCCGGAGCCGGAGCGCACGCGCGCCGAGCUCGAGAAACUGAUCCAGCAGCGCGCCGUGCUCCGGGUCAGCUACAAGGGGAGCAUCUCGUACCGCAACGCGGCGCGCGUCCAGCCGCCCCGGCGCGGAGCCACCCCGCCGGCCCCGCCGCGCGCCCCCCGCGGGGGCCCCGCCGCCGCCGCCGCCGCCGCCGCCGCCGCCGCCGCGCCGCCGCCCACGCCCGCCCCGCCGCCACCGCCCGCGCCCGUCGCCGCCGCCGCCCCGGCCCGGGCGCCCCGCGCGGCCGCCGCUGCCGCCGCCACAGCGCCCCCCUCGCCCGGCCCCGCGCAGCCGGGCCCCCGCGCGCAGCGGGCCGCGCCCCUGGCCGCGCCGCCGCCCGCUCCCGCUGCUCCUCCGGCAGUGGCGCCCCCGGCCGGCCCGCGCCGCGCCCCCCCGCCCGCCGUCGCCGCCCGGGAGCCGCCGCUGCCGCCGCCGCCACAGCCGCCGGCGCCGCCACAGCAGCAGCAGCAGCCGCCGCCGCAGCCACAGCAGCCGCCGGAGGGGGGCGCGGCGCGGGCCGGCGGCCCGGCGCGGCCCGUGAGCCUGCGGGAAGUCGUGCGCUACCUCGGGGGCAGCGGCGGCGCCGGCGGCCGCCUAACCCGCGGCCGCGUGCAGGGGCUGCUAGAGGAGGAGGCGGCGGCGCGGGGCCGCCUGGAGCGCACCCGCCUCGGAGCGCUCGCGCUGCCCCGCGGGGACAGGCCCGGGCGGGCACCAUCGGCUGCCAGCGCCCGCGCGUCGCGGAGCAAGAGAGGUGGAGAAGAGCGAGUGCUUGAGAAGGAAGAGGAGGAUGAAGAUGAUGAAGAUGAAGAUGAUGAAGACGAAGUGUCUGAGGGCUCCGAGGUGCCCGAGGGUGACCGUCCUGCAGGUGCCCAGCACCAGCAGCUUAAUGGCGAGCGGGGCCCUCAGAGUGCCAAGGAGAGGAUCAAGGAGUGGACACCCUGUGGACCCCACCAGGGCCAGGAUGAAGGGCGGGGGCCAGCACCAGGCAGUGGUACCCGACAGGUGUUCUCCAUGGCCGCCAUGAAUAAGGAAGGGGGAUCAGCCUCUGCUGCCACUGGGCCAGACUCCCCAUCCCCCGUGCCUUUGCCCCCAGGAAAACCAGCCCUACCUGGGGCUGAUGGGACCCCCUUUGGCUGUCCUUCUGGGCGCAAGGAGAAGCCGGCUGAUCCUGUGGAGUGGACAGUGACAGAUGUGGUAGAGUACUUCACCGAGGCCGGCUUCCCCGAGCAGGCAACAGCUUUCCAAGAGCAGGAAAUCGAUGGCAAGUCUUUGCUGCUCAUGCAGCGCACAGAUGUGCUGACCGGCCUGUCCAUCCGCCUCGGCCCAGCCCUGAAAAUCUACGAGCACCACAUCAAGGUGCUGCAGCAAGGCCACUUUGAGGAUGACGACCCCGAUGGCUUCCUAGGCUGAGCGCCAAGCCUCGCCCCUGCCCCAGCCCAGUCCCCACCUUACACAAGACCCCCAGAGUCCGGGAGCUGGUCGGGGACACCCUCAGCCCUCAUCACAGAUUCCAGUGAGGGGGCAUGCCUACUCCUCUUUUCCCUGUGUCUCCCCAACACACACACCUCUGGCGCCCAGCACAGCCUGGACUCCCUGAUAGAGGAGUGUCGGGUGGGACAGGGCCUACUUAUUUCACCCCAGGAGUCCAACCCUCCCCCUCACCCAGUCUAGGACAUUUUUGGAAAAGUAAAAUGGGGGCUUCCCAUCUUCCCUAGAUCCUCUUCAGUUCAGCCAGAUGUUUCCUAUAUAAAUGUUUUAUUCUGUCUGUUCAUUUUGGUGGGUGGCCGUUCCCCCCUCCCCCACCACCCAGGCCCCUCCCCAGUCUGUCCCUGGCCUCCAGCCCCUGGGAGCAGCUGGGAGGGGGUCCCUGGAGCUUCCUUACCCCUCCCAUUUCUUUCUGUUCAUUGUCGCUCCAGCUGGCUGUAUUGCUUUUUAAUAUUGCACCGAAGGUUUUUUAAAUAAAAUUUUAAAAAAAGAGAGAACAAAAA